UUGGUCUUUGCCGAUACACACACACACACACACACAUGAAGAGUAGUACAUACCCUGGUCCGUUGCACAUGCGCGCCGGGCCAGCCAGCCACCGCUCGCCGGAACAGCCGUAACGAUGGACCCCUCCACUCCCACCUCCACUCCACCUACCGCCAGCUCGAGCAAACCCUACACACCCCUGUCCCCGCCCCUCUCCGAUCUCCAUUACUCCAUCCUCCUCCUCAUCGUCAAGCAGAUUAGAUUACAGCCAUGAUGAUUGCCGCCGCUGCAGCUAAGCACCAUGGUUAACGACAGUGCAAGUGCAAGUGCAGAGCUCACUCCCAAACCCUACUGCACUUAUUUCCAAGCUCGCCACUGUCUUGUGCACGCACGAGACCUCACCACCCCAGCCAGCCUCGCUCCUCACUCCUCAGCAUAAACAAUGGUAGGAAUAAUAAAUUCGAGGUGAGGACUGAGCCUGAGGAGAGGGAGGAAAAAAACAAGGGGAGGUCACAGGUGACAGGGCCUCCUCAGCAGGCAGCUCGCUCGCGCAUCUCUGCUUGAGCCCGUCCCAUCGCGCGCCUGAUGCGCCGCAAGAAGCACUUGGACCGCGCUGGCGGCGGCGGCGGCGGCGGCACGGAGCUCUUCAUCUGCUUCACCUCCCGCCCCUCCGCCUCCGGCCUCCGCCCCUCCGCCUCCUCCAAGGCAUUCAGCCCCGGACGCACCGGAACCGCCGGAGCAGCAGGAGGGAACGGCUCUGGUGCUGGUGGUGCGGAAGCGGCACCGGCAGCGCUGCUGCGCCCGUCGCUGAGCAGGAGGCUGAGGAACAGCGGGAGCCUCAAGGGCGGCCAGUCGCCCAUGUUCCCGCCGGGCACGGCGUCGGGGGGCCGGCGCGGGCGGGGCGGGAUGGAGCCCGCCGAGCCGUCCUCGCCCAAGGUCACCUGCAUCGGCCAGGUCCGGGUCAAGGGCGGCAAGCGCAAGCCCAAGCACGGCUCCGCGGCCGCGCUGCGCUCGCGGUCCAGGCGCGGCGGCCUGUCCGGGUCCGAGGCCAGCUUCCGCCGCGGGGUGGACGACCGGGACGGCGGCCUCCACCCCGGUGCCAAGAACCAGGGCUGGGUCUACCAGAUCCCGGUCAACAUCUGCGAGGCGCUCAAGACCUUCGGCUCCUGCGGCGGCCGCUCCCUCUGCUCGCCCUCCCGGGAGCGGAGCGGGGCCGCGCCGCGCUCCGCCGCGGGCGACAAGAAGCGCCGCCGCGGCCCGGCUGGCGGGAGCUGGCUCUGCGGCGCCGCCGUGGCCCGGUGCCUCCUGGCGAUCCAGGAGGAGGAGGACGACGUCGGGAAGGGCUCCGCCGUCGGGCCCGCGGACGAGGCCAGGGAGUCGCAGGUGGGGCUCGUGAUGCAGGGCUGGGACGUGGAGGAUGAGGAAGGGGAGGAUGAGGACGACGAGAACCGCGUCGUCGUCGGCGCGGUGGAGGUGGAGAAGGAAGACGAGAUCUUGCUGGUCGGAGGCAAGGAGGAGGAGGGACGGGUCAGCGUCUGCAUCCCGCCCAGGAACGCCCUUUUGCUGAUGCGCUGCAGAUCCGACCCCGUGCGCAUGGCGGAGCUCGCCACGCGCUUCUGGGGUUCCCCGGCGGCGGCCACUGCCAGUGUCGGCCAGGUCGACAAUGAAGGGGACGGCGGCCUCCACAAAGAAGAGAAAGACGAAGGUGAGGCCAAUUUGGAAAAGGAAUGUGCAGAGGAAGCUAGGAAUUCAGCGGUUUCCGCCGACGGGGAGGUAUGCCGCCCUCGAGGCGUGGUUGAAGAUGACGGCGGCGAAGCAGUGGAUGCCGGACAAGUGGUGUCUGAAGACGAGAGCUCCAAGCAUGGAGAUAUUGGGGAAGAAGAGGACGAUGGAGGCUGCAAAGGAGAUGCAGAGGAGAGGGAUGAGCCUGUGGAGGCUCAAAUUGUUCGCAAAGACGUGGGCUUGGAGAUUGAAGCUGCUAAGAGCGAGAGCCAAGCACCGGCAAUGGUGGAGGCUGUGGCAGACACCAAGGAGGCUGCUGCUGCUCCAAGAAUGGAGAAAGAGGAGGAAGAGGUGAAGGGCAGGAGGUCAGUCAGCAGCUGCUCCCCAUCCACAGCACUGAAGGAGGACCGCAAAUUGCGACGGUUGGGCAGCACCAGGAGGCGUGUUUCCACCAACAGCAAGGCCUCCUCGAGCUCUGAUCGUGUCGACAGGCGGCACAGCUUCUCGGCGGAAAUGGAGGCGCGGCGGUCGAGCUUCUCGAGCUUGAAGGACUCGAGGAGGGCAAGCUUCUCCAUCGACCGGGAUGGCCGAAGAUGGAGCUUCACAAUUGAGCAGGAGCACCUCGUCGCGGAGCCUAAGGUUUUGAUGGCAUCCAGGAAGGGUAAGAAAAAUUCGUCCGAGGCCGAGUCGGAGAAGGACUGCCCUGUUCUUGUUGCUGCACCAAACAGUGUGGAGGAAGCCCAAGAGUGCAACGAUGAUGAUGGAAAGGAAGAGGCCACACAUUAUUGUGGUGAGGAAGAAGGAACAACAACACAAUGUGCUGAAAUUCACACAGAAGCUGAGAAGGUUGAGACCGGAGUCGACGAGGAGAAAGCCGUUGAAGUGAAGCAGGAACAGAGGAAGAAGAGCGGCGAAUUGCCGGAUUGCCUCCUGAUGAUGAUGUGCGAGCCCAAGCUCUCCAUGGAGGUCUCCAAGGAGACAUGGGUGUGCAGCACUGACUUUGUCCACUGGAAGUCUCACCAGGGCCAGAAUCGUCGGCAACAGACGGCUGCUGCUACCGGCAGCAAUGCUGCUGCGUCGGAGGAGACGAAGGAUGAUUCCAACAAUGCUCAGGACACCAGCGUAGCAAAGGAGGACACCAGCGUCGCGAAGGACACAGAAGAGAGCACCGUAGUGCCAGUAUCGGCGAACUCCACAUCUAUGCCACCGCAGGCUGCCCCGAAGCCACCACCGAAGCCGGUCAUGGAGCAGAAGCUCAAGCUGGAGCUGCCGAAGGUCGCAGCCGGCGUGGCUGCCUACGCGCCGCUCGUCCUGAAGCGCUGCAAGUCGGAGCCUUUGCGGUCGUCCGCGCGGCUGGCGCCCGACACGUGCUUCUGGAAGGAGGACCGGCACCGGCCCCUGAACGCCACCGGGAUCGGCUUCUGAUCCCGGACAAGCACGCUGGUACGCCCGCUUUAGCUAGCUAGUUAGUGACCAUGAAGUUUGUAUGAGCCUAUGUCGUGUAAUAACCGUAGUGAGCUUUGCUGUUCUGUAAUUGUAGUGAGCUUGUUUUUUCCAUGCUUGGUACGUGCUGUUAGUUAUGUGAUGUGGAGAAGGACACGGGAUAUUAAGCAAGUUACUACGUACAUCAGAUGAGAAUUAGAUUAGGGAGGAGUAUGUGUAAAAAUCUCUGAGGUUUGCUUUGAUAUGCUUUGUUGGGUGUGCUAAUUCCCUUUUCCCGUUUGUGAUGGAUGAUGUUUGCACAUUACCUAAAAAAGAACAUGAUUGUGCUUGAA